AUGCUGGGUUUGCUGCAUAGCUCAGGGGCAUUCCACUGCCCAUCCAUUCUCAGCAAGCUCCUUGCGUUGUUUACCUAUGCGACAUACGAGACGAGCGGCAGAAGCCUGUCCACGCCAACACAAUCACCCAUCUUUCGUUCCGCCCAUCAUCUGAGUUGCAGGCCAGAGAUAGUGCUCAGUGCUCGGAGGCUGUACGCCCAGGACAAUAUGACAGGACCGCAGGACCUUCGUCUGGGAGAUCCCUAUCCCGGUCGUGCUCAUAGUCUCUUGGUUCAGAUCCCUACCUGGGCUGACAUGGUGGCAUUUGGGCAGGGGAAAGCUGCCGAACAGAUGAAGAACGGUUAUCCUAGGUCCGUGGUGCAUCCUGAUAUUCGUUCCCUCGGCUCCACCAUUCUGGCCAAGAUUCAGAGCGAGCACAGCGAUGAUAGCCCGGAUCCCUCACUUCUACUGUUCUCUGGGGCCCGGGCGGCGCAGUCCUGCAAGGACUAUAUCCUCCUGCUCUCGCAGGGCAGGGGACAGCCGAUACCCGCGCAUUGGAUUCAGGUGUACCGGGUGAGCAUCGGCGGUAGUUCUGCGUGUGGGGAUCCUCAACAUCAUCAUUCUCGCUCCGCAGGGCCCACCCUAUAUGCCGUCCUCUACCCCGGUGCAGCGGCGUCUGAUGCCCACGCGUUCUGGCAACGGAUGGGCCCAGGGAUCUCAUCCCGACUGGCACAGCAUUGCUUAAGGCUGGUACGGCAGGAGGGGUCCGGGCCUCGAGUCGAAGCCUUGCUCGCUGCUUCGACCGCCGGCUCAACUCUCGGGGCCAGCAGCCUUCCCGACUCCCACCCCGUCUACGACGAGCUCCGGGGGCGAAUCGCGGCCUACGCGUAUCAUACCGCGGAUGGCCCGGAGCUGAUCCAGCAGGUCGCGGCCUCUGAUGUCUUCCUGUACGGCUCGGGGAUGGCGGCAAUCUACCAUGUCCACCGGUCCAUUCUCGCCUGGAGGACCGGGGUGGCCGUCCACGUUGGCCUGUUGUACGAGCCCACCCUGAGGGUUCUACAAACCCAAGGGCCGGGGCUCUGGUCGUACAGUCUCCGGACGGAGGCUGACCUGGAUCAUCUUGCCGCCCAGCUGGCGCGACAGGGCUCAUACGAUGCGCGCGCGGUGCACGCCAUCUGGUGCGAAUGUCCCAGCAAUCCAAUCCUGCAAACGGUCGAUCUGCACCGGCUACGUGCCCUGGCCGAUCAGCACAGCCUGCUGGUCGUGGCCGACGACAGUGUCGCCGGUUUCGCCAACGUCGAUCUGAUGGGGGUGGCGGACAUCGUCAUCUCCUCGCUGUCCAAGUACUUCAGCGGACAUGCCGACGUCAUGGCAGGCAGACAGAUGGCCGUCACGUACGAGAACAGUCUCUUCGUUGACGAUGCGAUCCGCCUGGAGCUCAACAGCCGAGAUUUUCCUGCUCGCAUGGCGCACAUCAACGCGACCACGCAGUACCUCGUCACGCAGCUAGAACGGCACGUCGCGGACCCCGCGAGCCCGCUGACCCGCAUUCUCUACCCGUCCCAGGGUCCAUCGCGGGUGUACUACGAGCGUCAGAUGCGCCGGCCGCGCAGGUCGGACGACGGCCCCCUGAGUCGCCCCGGGUAUGGGGGCGUCUUCUCGAUGGAGUUCGCCGAUGUCGCCGGCGCCUCCACCUUUUUCGACCAUCUCGACGUCUACAAGGGGCUCUCAUUCGGGGCGGACGUCUGCAUUGCCGCGCCCUACAUGCAGAUGACCGGCCAGGGAGCGGCGACGCAGCGGCCGCAGCCACACGACUCGAACUACGCAAGCGAGACCCUGAUCCGGUUCUCGGUGGGUUUGGAGCCGGCGGAGGACAUCCUCCAGCGCGUGCACACGGCGCUGGAAGCGUCGAGCCGGGGGUUUGUGGCCCCAGGCUAG